CUUAACGUCCACGUCGGAACCAUACUCUGGGGGCCCUGGAACCCGAAGAUGCGAUUGUGCAGGGUACAGUUUGAUCGCAUCGAGCUCGGCGCGGAGCUCGUGCGAGACUUUCACAUCGCGCAUCUUCCCGCAAGCGCAGAUCCAGUGGCUCAGGAGGAAAACAAGAAAGCACAGGAGGAGGAUGAACCCGUCACUCCAACAGGGCAGCAUGCGCGCGAGCGAGUGUUGGCGGCGGCUGGAGCUGGCGUCGCACUGGCGGCGGCCAACGCGGCUAUGGCUGCCGCAUCCGCCGUCGCCGCCGCCGCCGCCGCUGCGGCGGCGGCAGUCGCUGAUGGCGACACGGACGCUGAGAAUGCCAUUCCGCUCAGCACGGAUGCUCCCGAGACUGCCGCGGCGCUUCUUGCGGCCAUGACCGCGGCGCACGCGUCCAUGGCCGAGGGCGACGACGGCUCGCAGAUUCACGCCGACGACACCCGCGUGAUGGCGGAGGUGACGCAGGCGCUCGAUAGGAAACAGGCGCUCAUCGCGGAGCUCAGAGCCAUGAACGAUACGGCCGAGAAGGGUGAGGCUGUGGUGAUCAAAAAGGAAAGUCAGGCUGAAGAAGGCAUCGCGGGUGCCUCGUCGCCCGCGCUCGAGCCGUUUCAGCGCCAGUACGCAUCCACCAUGCUCAAAAUCCGCGAGUGCAACCAGGAGCUCGCGCGUGCGCUCGUUCACCUGCGCGAACAACACGGCAAGCACGAGUCAACGACGAAAUCGCUUUGGCAGCGGUUCAUGGAAAGAGAAGGAACCCACGGGACCCCGCCGGGCACGCCGCGAGACGUCGCGUCCACGCCGCGAGGUGCCGCCGCGGCUGCGGUUGCGGAUGCGAAGGCCGACGUGCUCGCUGGUCUCAAUCCCGCCGCCGAGAUUGUCGCCGCGUCCAUGUUCACCGGGAGACGAAUGGCCAAGACCACGAAGGCUGCCGAGGGCGAGGGCGCCGCCAAGUCGGCGGAGGAUGAUGCAUCUGAGGUUGGGGCCAUUAGGUACGUCGGGAAAUGCAUCGCAUCCUUGCUCGCCGUGAAGGUUUGCCAGGAUCACGCCGUGGCACCAGAGUUGACGAAGGACGUGAUUGAUAGGUGCCUUGAACGCCUGAAGCCGCAGUCCGAUGAGAACUUACCGCUGCACGAGAAAAUGAAGGAGGCGUUUGCGGAUCUGCACGCGAAAAUUUACGCUCCUUCGAAAAAAGCCGAGGAUGCCACCGAGGAGGGUGGCGGGGCGGCGGCUCUCGGAGCAGCGGUGUAACGGGUGCUGGAAGAAACUUACACACAUGACGUGUGACUGUGCGAUUUCGCUUUUAAAAACUAACAAAGGUACUUC